GCUGCACAGAGCUAGGCGCAUUUUGGGGGACUGCUUGAAUCUAUUCCUCAUGAAUGCUGAUAGUAAGAUUUCCUAGCAUUCGUUUGAGCUGUUCUUAUGACAUGGAAGCCUUGGCUAGUGCUUCAUCUAAGCUGAUCAUCUCCCUGAGGAAAUGACUGGGCCAUCGGUAUCCAACAAUGUAGCCAUCACAAUCGGCGCACUCGUUGGCGGAGGCGUGGGCUUCUGGAUCACGUAUCAUGUGGAGCAGUGGUACAGGGUCAGGCAGCGGGAGAUUCUGUACCGCGACAUAGCAGCGAUGGACGCUAGGAAAGAGGCUCAGAGAAAAGCGGCAGAAGAAUCAGGGUCCAAAGACGACACCAUGAACUAGACAGUCCUCAUCGGCUGUCCGGCUAACGAUCUUGGCUGCCAAAGUACAACAAAGGAGAAAUGAAAGUAGAAGUUGGAAGAGCAGAACGGCGCUAAGGGGUGAAACUCUGAUUAGUUCGAUUAGCUUGCCUGUGGGUCUGAAAUAGUAGCUCCCAGCUGAUCACGUCCCUUCAGAAGCUCCAAAAAGGGGCAACUCUCCACAUCUUCCAUCUUCCGGAUUCCUAAAACUGGAAGCUUCAAGAACCCCCAACCAUUCGAUACCCCAUACAAAGCACCAAAUUGGAGACAUCUCGACAGCACGCCACAGGGCCCCAAACCUCUGGAAUCCUCAGAAAGAGAAUUGCUUGAAUCUGCUGCAUUCUGAUUACCAUCGAGAACCCCACGUUUCCUGAAACCUUCUAAGGCUAGCCCCACCCGCAAAAGCCCCCAAAGCCCCACCACUUAGAAACCCCCGAGCGAUCCUCAAUUGCGUGGACCUUGAGAACCUUGAUACUUGGGACCUUGUGGCCCCACAGUCCCUGACACCCCCAAAAGCAGCAUACCCCGAAGCUUCGGUUGGCCAAUCCCCCAGAAUUCAUCUAAGCCCACCGCCUGUCAACUUCCAGAAGCUCUCAGUGGCUUGGACACAUAAACCUCUAGAUCGAACAAAAACCCUCAACU